CAUUAUUUGCAACUUCAAAUUUCAAUCCAUAGUUAAUUGCAGAGUAAGCCAAUAGAGGUUUUGAUGGAGAGUAAGAACCACCACUUCCUUGUCAUCUCCUCCACAGCACAAGGCCAUAUGAACCCUAGUCUCCAACUAGCUAAGCGGCUGAUAGACAUUGGAAGCUCACAUGUCACCUUUGCCACCAGCGUCCACGGCCUUGCCCAAAUCAAAUCCUUACCUUCUCUAGAAGGCUUAUCAUUUGCUUCGUUCUCCAAUGGCUUUGACGAUGGAGUUAAACCCGACAAUGACCCAGACCACAUCAUGUCUGAGCUGAAGCGGGCGGGAUCACAAUCACUCACUGCUUUGAUUGAGAAGAUCUCCAAAUCCGAUGAGCAUGGCCCUAUCACCUUCUUAAUCUACACCAUCCUCCUCCCUUGGGCUGCUGAAGUUGCCAGUAGUUUUGGUAUAGCUUCUGCGUUUCUAUGCAUAUUAUCCACCACUUCCUUUGCAAUUUGCCACCAUUACUUCAAAGAUUACUAUAAGAAUCAGAGUAGCCUUCCAUUUCCAAGUUCCAUAACAAUCGAUGGUUUGCCACCUUUUGCUUCUGACGAGCUACCUUCCUAUCUCCUACCUUCCAGUCCACAUGUUUCGAUUCUCCCUACCUUGCAGGAACACUACCAAAUCUUGGAACAGGAUCUCAACUCUUGUGUGCUGCUUAACACCUUUGAUGGGUUAGAGGAGGCAGCAAUCAGAGAUAUGAGAAGUCAUAUGAAUCUGAUUACUGUUGGUCCCUUGAUUCGUUCCAAUGAUGUCGAAGUUUGUUGCGACUUGUUUGACAAGUCUGGGGACGAUUACCUUCAGUGGCUGGACUCACAAGCAGAUUCUUCUGUGGUUUAUGCAUCGUUUGGGAGCUUGGCGGUGUUGUCGAGUGGUCAGAUGGAAGAGAUACUACAUGGUUUGGUUGACAGUGGACUCCCAGUUCUAUGGGUUAUCCGCAAGUCAGGAAAUGAAGGGGGUCAAGAAACUCAAAAUCUGAUAAACAAUACACUAAAGAAGGAACAGGGGUUAAUAGUGCCAUGGUGUUCACAAGUAGAGGUGCUGAACCACAAGUCAGUUGGGUGUUUUGUGACGCAUUGUGGGUGGAACUCUACUAUAGAGAGCUUGGCAGCUGGUGUUCCGGUUGUUGGGUGCCCUCAUUUUGCAGACCAGACUACAAAUGCCAAGCUGGUUGAGGAGCUGUGGGGGACUGGAGUUAGAGCCAGAGAAAAUGAAGAGGGAGUGAUCAAGCGUGAAGAGAUUAAGAGGUGUUUGGAAGUGGUGAUGGGGGAUGGAGAGAGAGGGGAGGAGAUGAGAAGGAAUGCUCAGAAAUGGAAGGGUUUGGCCAUGAAGGCUGUGAAGGAAGGUGGUUCUUCGGAUGAUAAUCUCAGGAACUUCGUCAGAAGGUUGGGCUGAAAUGGGUUGUUGAUAUACAUCUAACCAUAGAUGAUUGAUUUCAUCAAGGUUCAGAAUUCAGAUCCUGACAUCCUGUGUUUUUUUUAGUCGAUCUGACAUCCUGUGUUGGCGAAAGUAAAUAUAGUGUUGUUUGUACUCUGUUUAAGUUCGUUCGAUCACUUGUUCACCACCUAAAGAACUUUAUUUCGAUCCA